AAUAAAAGCCUCUCCUUGACUCUGGGCUGGUUUACUCUUUCACUGCUCCUGUCCUGUUUCACACACAACACACGGUAACUUUUCCACAAUGGCAAAACACAAAAUUAGCCUUGUGGUUGCCCUUGUGCUGGCACUUCUUUUCUUCAUCGUCACCAUGGUGUUCUCUGGUCUGGCAGCAUCUGGAAAAACUCCGUUUUUGAACCCAACGGCUAAUGUUUCAGACAAAUUCAUGACCAUGAUCACACCAUCAGGAUGGACCUUUGUCAUAUGGGGGAUCAUCUACACCUUCCUGGCUUUGGUGUUGGUCUAUGCCAUCUCUGGCAUCUUUAGAAAGAACGCCUAUGGCUACGUGUACUGCAGCCCUGCAGUUUUGCCGCAUGGAUUUUUCCUGGCCUGGUGCUGCAAUCUCACCUUCAACAUCACAUGGUUGUUCCUGUGGGACAGAACGAUAAUGCCUGCUGCUCUGGUUCUCCUCAUCCUCGUUGCGUUGAGUAACUACGCCAUGAUUCUCUUCUCGUGCCACGGCCUCCAAAGCUACGGAGCCUGGCUCAGCAAAUAUCACAAAGUAGACCUGUGGCUCCAUCGUGUGUUGGUCCAGAAUGGCAUUGCCAUAUAUGCAACAUGGACAACAGUUGCUUCCCACAUUAACCUGACCAUUGUGUUGGUGGAUAGUGCAAACAUGUCCCAAUCGGAUGCAGCAGUUCUUGCACUCUCUGUUUUGACUGUGUUGCUCUUGGUGUGGUUUAUCCUGGAAAACUCUGUCCUGGACAAACAUGUGAGGUAUAUUCUCUCCAUUUACCCGUCUAUGAUCUGGGCUCUGACGGGGGUGUUUGACCAAAACUAUGUGGCUGCUUUUCCUUCUCGCACUAACAAAUUCAUUGUUUCCCUUUUGGCCAUCGCCUGUGUCCUGUUUGCUGCUCGCCUUGUUUUGGUGAUCUGGAGGCACAUCAAAAGACCAUUUUAUAAAGACGUCGACCCUGAUGACAUGUCACCGAUGGAAAUCGCUGAUAGGCAUAAAAACGUCUUUCAGUAAAAAAGCUGAACAGUUAUUUCUUAUAUAUUAUUUCUUUGAGAUGUAUUUCUUAUGCUUUGUAAAUAUUUAUGCGUUUUCCUUUGGUGAACCUACAAAUGUGAUAAAAGAUAGGAUGUUGCAGAAGUCCAAUCUUAUUUUCACCUUAAAAGAAUAAUGCGAAGAUGUCGCUGUCUUUUUUGUACUUUUUAAAUAAAUGUUUAUUUUUUGUGAAAUCA